AUGUCACGGCGGCUAUGGCUUCGCAUUCCACGUAAAGACAGAAUAAGUGAUUUACCAAACUCUCUUCUUGAUCACAUUCUCUCAUUCCUUCCAACAAAAGACGCCGUCGCCACAAGCACCCUUUCAAAACGUUGGAAACCACUCUGGCGUUCACAACUCAGCCUUUACUUCGAUGACAGAUCUUUUCCAGGCACUUUCGCCUUUUGCCAAUUCUUCUAUUCCUUCGUCACCAUGCGAUUGCGAGAUAGCAUCCUACCUAUCCUCUCAUUCCAUCUUAAUUUUCACUACCGCUUCUACAACAAAGAUUUUCACAAUUUUCUUUAUGUGCAUAUUACAAGAGGACUUCAAACUCUAAUCAUCCAUAUCUCCCACUCACAUUAUUCUAACACAUUGCCUUCAUUCGUUCUAACCAGCAACACCUUGUCGGUCCUCAAAUUGAUGAAGAUAACACUGAACGACGUUCCCUGCGUUGAUCUUCCCUCCCUCAAAGUCCUUCACUUGAAAUAUGUCACUUUCAAAUGUUACGCAUAUCUCCAAAAACUUCUAGCUGGCUGUCCCAUUCUACAGGACUUGCAAACAAAUCAUCUAAGAAUGAAGAUCCCUAAUAAGAUGUAUAAUUUAGGUUUUGCCAUAUUCAAUUUGGUCAGAGCUAACAUUUCCGGUGAUAUCAUGAUUAUUAGCCUUGAGUGGUUUCAUAAUGUGGAGCAUCUCCGCAUACAACUGUUAAAGAAAUCAAAUUGUGAUUUGGGAAUAAUGAAACUUGUGAUAUUUUCCAUUGGAAUUGCUAAGAUUGAAGAUUCAGAAACUGAAUGUUUUAUCAAACCACUACACCCUAUUCCAGAUUGGUUGUGGAAGAACGGUAUGGCAAUUGCAGGGCAAGUUCUUCAGUUGUACAAGGUUGAUCCUGAACCUGUGGUCUUGUCAAUUAAUAAUACAAUUGAAGGUGGCACACCAGUUGAUGUUACGCAUUAA